AUGAAGUACAAGAUUAGAGUUCCAGUUUGUGGCGCAAUAAUGUUAAAUUCUACAAUGGAUAAAGUAUUAUUGGUAAAAGGUUGGUCUUCACGAUCAGGUUGGGGUUUUCCAAAAGGUAAAAUAAAUAAAGACGAACUUGAUUCAAUCUGCGCUGCCAGAGAGGUAUUCGAAGAGACUGGGUAUGAUAUCACACCACUUAUCAAAGAAAAAGAUUUUGUGGAAAUAACAAUUCGUGGUCAAAGAAUUAGAUUGUAUAUAGUGGUUGGCGUACUAGAAGCUACCGAAUUUUGUCCACAAACGCGCAAAGAAAUCAGCGUAGAAUGGCAUAAUCUUUCAGAUCUUCCCACUUGGUCAAAAAACCGUAAUAAAGAAUCACCCUUUAAUUGUGGUGGUGGUUGUGUAAAAUAUGGUAGCAGUAGAUAUUACAUGGUUGUUCCAUUUGUUACGAAUAAGAAAUCAUAUUGGUUAGAUGAUAACAAUUAUGCUAUAAAACCCUCGCACGAAUCAGCAAUCAUUUGUUCUGAAAGUGAUGGCAUAGAAGAGGAUGAAGAGGACGAAAAUUUGGCUUUUAUUGAUGAUCAUGGUCAUAACAUAGAGGAUGAAAACUCAAUCUUAGAUCAUACAACAUUUAUUUAUCAUAAUAUCAAUAGCAACAAUGGCAACAGUAAUAAUUACAAAAAUAAUUCAUCCGAUAAUUUUGUUGAUAAUAAAAAAGAAAAUAUCCAAAAAGUCAAUUGA